AACUACUUAUGGCUUCCAAAAUGUGUGACCCCCUUGUGAUUGGUAGAGUGAUUGGGGAAGUUGUUGAUUAUUUCUCUCCAAGUGUUAAGAUGUCUGUUAUUUAUAACAACAACAAACAUGUCUAUAAUGGACAUGAAUUGUUUCCUUCCUCAGUAACUUCUAAACCUAGGGUUGAAGUUCAUGGUGGUGAUCUCAGAUCCUUCUUCACACUGAUCAUGAUAGAUCCAGAUGUUCCUGGUCCUAGCGAUCCAUAUCUCAGGGAACAUCUACACUGGAUUGUCACGGACAUUCCAGGCACUACAGAUUGCUCUUUUGGAAGAGAAUUGGUUGGUUAUGAAAUGCCAAGGCCAAAUAUUGGAAUACACAGGUUUGUAUUUUUGCUGUACAAGCAGAAGAAAAGGCAAACCAUAUCGAGUGCACCAGUGUCAAGGGAUCAAUUUAGUACUCGAAAAUUCUCAGAAGAAAAUGAACUUGGCUCUCCUGUUGCUGCUGUUUUCUUCAAUUGCCAGAGGGAAACUGCCGCAAGAAGGCGUUGAUAUAUAUAUAUAUAUCACUACUACUACAACAACAAGCUCCAUCCACCAUUAAUUACUAAAUUAGUGGACGGACUCCUAUGCUAGCUUUUAAUUAAUUUAAUAAGACCGGGUUACUUGUUGUUCACCCUCUUGAAUUAAUGGCCAAGUAACAUGUAAUAUCAUUAAUGUUUGACCUAAUUAAGACUAGUAGUAUCUAUGUGUGUUUUGUCAUCAUCUACAUG